AUGACAUUUCUUUUAAACCUCCUGCUAAAUAUCUGCAAGAUAUUUUCAAAAAGCCACGAAACAUAUGUUGUGCAGACGUCAGACAAUAAAUUGCACUUUGUUACUUCUACGGUCGAGUCGCACCAGCUUUAUGUUGAUCCGUCUGUCAGAAUUGUUGAGGAUGAUGGAUUGACUCUUCGUGAAAUAGAAGACAGGUUUGCGCUGCAAUUAAAAGAAAACAUGACUGCAGACAGCACAAGCAUGAUUAAAAAAGCAAAUAGAAUUGAUCGAAUUUAUGUCUCGCAGGAUGGAUUUAUUGAUGUUUUUGGUCGUAAAGUUUUUAUCGAUGAAAUUCUGGCUCAUCCAAUGAUCGAGGAGGGAAUGUAUAUCGCAGCGACUCAAGAACAUCAUCCUAGCAUCAUAAACAAGACUGUUGUAAUCAUGGCGGUCACAAGAAUACAUCUGCUCGAUCUUUUCAGUCUUACUUCAAGGGUUUUGAAGGUCAGUCAGGUACUCUAUCUUUACGAAACCUUUAUCAGCAUCCCAAAAAAGGAAAAGGAGAUAUUUUUAAACAAGAAAUGGUGGAAAUUCGACUCCAAAAUUAUUGCCGUGUAUAUUUUGAAGGAAAAGGACGGCUUGAAUUUUAUGCUAAGAGUGUUUAAUAGGUCUGACGUGGCAGUAUACAAGCACAGAAUUCAAAGAAAUUCGUCCAAGAAGCUGCCCAUACUGUUUGUCUGUAGUGUUGUCUUCUCUAUAAUUUUUUAUUUGAAUCGAAAUCUCAGAUUUGAGUCUUGUAUUGUAAAAAACAAGCUGUAUACCGGCAAAUUUAUUAAAAAGGAUUGUCUGAUAUACAAAGUCACUAACUCAUUCUUUAAAGAGCACAAGAGGGUGUACGGAGAUCUAAAGUGUAGCAAUUUGGUCAAUAUACUUAAUGAGACGGAAGGGUGGCUCUAUCCAGUAAUUGUUACCGAAAACACAAUUCAGUUCUCGCCCCCAAACGAUGCCAGUAAAGAGGAGAAUCAAAAUGAAAAAUCAAGCAGCUCAAGCGAGGCAUGCUCUAUUGAAAAUGACAGAAACCUGACAAAUGGACAUAGGGGGAAUAUGUCUAGGGAAGAUAUCCUCAAAGACAGCGACGAAAAUCAAAGCAUGGAAACAUCCAAGACGUAUGCAGGCUACUUUGCCUCGAAAAUCUAUGAUGAAGCCCAGCAGGAGUUCAUUAAAAAAUUCAAAAACGAUCUUUUAAUAGUUGUACAGAGUGUUCGAUAUCUACAUUCUUCUGGAGUCGUUCAUGGGCGUAUUUCCCCCGAGAACAUACGUGUUUCCGAUAACGGCCAAAUUAAGCUCCAAAGUAUGUUUGACAACCAAGGAUGGAGAUCGAUGAAGCAGCUGAGGAAUAUCAAAAAUAAAAACUACAGUCCUGACGAGUCGGAUGACAUGUUUUCUCUUGGAUGUGUUUUGCACUAUUAUCUUACUGGAUAUCAUCCUUUUGAUCUGCGUGACUUCAUUAAGAAAGAGCGGAAGGCAUUUAAAAAAACCAACGAUAGGCUUUCUGACUACGCUCAAAAGAAACUAGGGAAUGAGAUAGACACCAGCUGCAAAAAUGACACAGAGGCGUGCACGCUUUCAGAUACACCCUUAGCUGAGAAUGGCAUUUCAGAAUCCAGGGCAAAGCCGUGCUCUCAAAAUAUACUCUCAAGGUCUAAGUUGUUGAACUGCAUCUUUGGAUUCACUACAUCGGCCAUUUGCUGCUUUAAACUACGUUUUGCUAGAUCGCUCAUUUUGUUGCACAGACCGGCUUUCUAUAUGUGCCGCUCCUUCGUUUCGAGCCUUUCCAACCUAUUUGGAUUUACCCACAAAUACCUCAAUUUUCCAGUGCACACAACAGUAGUCGUUUGCAAAUUUUUGAGUUUCUUCAAAAGCACUUAUAAAGUUAUCUUGACUAUAUGGGGAUGCAUUGUGAAGUUCGUCCGUAAAUUUCCGAGGCUCUUUCUGGAGACUUCUCCUGCUUCUCCUUCCUUGGCCUACCAUAGAGUUCUUUCAGACGAAAUUUCUAAAUAUAUUGAAUAUAAUGUCCUGUACAGCACCUAUAGGAUCAGGCUGGAGGACCAAGUUGAGCACGAUCUCGUGUAUCACUGUAUUAAAUCUCCUCUUACACAGGCAAAGUUCAGGCUUGUCAGCCAUCCAUAUUUCUGGGAUAAUAGCAAAUGUCUGGAAUUCAUAUGCGAUGCCUCUGAUUUUAUUGAAACCAAUUCAAACUUCAAGCCUAGGCUUGAGAGAAGCAGGAAAGUGGUGUUUCUUGGCUCUUGGAUUGACUAUUUAGAUGUCUCUAUGGUCAAGAGUGUAUCUUCUAAGCGCACAUAUGACCACCAGAGUAUCUGUGAUCUGAUAAGAUUUAUUAGGAACUGCCAUAGACACUACCAAGAGCUAAGAAAUGAAGAGCUGUUUGGAACACUUGAGGGUAAGCUGUUCUACUAUCUUUCACAUAAGUUUCCUGAGCUUCUGAUGUUUCUUUAUCGAAACCCAGUUUUCAAAGAUCAGCCUGUGUUAAGAAAAUAUUAUGAAUAA